CCCCUCCAGCCUCCAUCAGACCUCGCUGCUCCGGGAUGGUGUCCUGCAAGGCCAUGGCUGCCCUGCUGGUGGUACACGCAGCCACCAUGCUGGCCUCCCAGACAGAAGCCUUUAUGCCCAUCUUCACCUACAGUGACCUCCAGAGGAUGCAGGAAAAGGAACGGAACAAAGGACAAAAGAAAUCCCUGAGCGUGUGGCAGAGGUCUGAGGAGGAAGGUCCCCGAGACCCCGAGGAGACCUCAGAGGAGGAAGAAAACAAAAUGAUCAAGCUGACUGCUCCUGUGGAAAUUGGAAUAAGGAUGAACUCCAAGCAGCUGGAAAAGUACCGGGCCGCCUUGGAAGGGCUGCUGAGUGAGGCGCUGCCCGCAGCCAAAUGACGCUCCUAGGAGAAAGGUGGACCCUCCCAGGAAGCCCUACACACCUGGAUGAGCCGAAAAUCCUGCCCCACCCACAGCUGGCCUCUGAAGCCAAGGGCCCUCUCCA